AUGGCGACCCCGCAAGAUACUGAGAGCCAGCAGAACGCUGCCAGCCUGUUUACCCAGCUCGAGAAGGCAUUCCAGAGCACCUCGCUGGGACCAGAUAGAUGGUACAUCCUCGCGGCCGCCGCGCUCGUUGGCAGCCCCGACCCGGAGCUCUGCAAAGACCUAUACCUCCAUCUCAUCUCCCUCCCGGCGUUCUCCACCCCGGCCCAGCGGCAGGCCCUCAUCCGACGCCUGAGAGAGGUGCUGAUCAAGAGUAUUAGUAUCGUGGGCGUGUGCAAGCCGCUGGAGGCAAUCAUGGUCAUCAACACGUGCGAGCGGGAGGAGGACAAGGACCGGAGCUCGACCAGAGAGGGCUGGAAGUGCGACGAGGCCAAUUUGGAGCGGGGAAAGGAGUGGCUGGGCAAGAUUUACACCCGAAACGCGGGUAGCACGCUGGCGCUGUUUGAUGACCACAAGGACUUCGCGUGGGUCAGCCAGAAUAUCACCUACGGGCUCUAUCUCAGCGACCGCCAGGUUCUGGACGACGUUGAGACGGAGCUUGUGGUCCUGCCUGGCAUCAUGAUCCAGAACCUGCCCAAGGAGACGCACUGGCACAUCCGGGGCACGAGGAGGAUUGGGGUGUCCAAGCACGAUGUUCAAGUCAUCUGGGACUGUGUGCAACUUAUUGCCAAGUUUGUUGGGUUGAAGCUACACCGGGUCCCAACUGUUGAAGAUGUCGAAUCGGAUGUGUAA